AUGCCGAAGGCGGCCAUCCCGAAUGCGCUGAGGAGGCGUUGCGAGUCGCUGGCUCACCGCUUGACCAACGCCGUGGACGCGGCCGUCCGGGCUGCUACAACGGUGGAACCCGUCGAAGGCACGGACCUGGCGGAAAUCAUCGCGCUGAAGGAGUCGGUGCGGCGUCUCAUGACGUCGUUCGAGGAUACGACAUUCGCUUUGGACGAGGCCUUGGCUUUGCUGGAUGACACCGCGGAGGAAAGGGACACGCUGCGCGCCGAAAGCGACGGACUCCUUGUACGGAGCGAAGAACUUUUGCGGAAACUAACAACCGUCGAAAACCUUUCGUCGAGGUCGUCGACGCCGUCGUCGCCUGGGAAUGGGAAAAUCAAGAAAACGAAAAUGAAUGUGAAAAUAUCAUUACGCAAUUUUGAUGAGAAUCAGCCUGAG